UAACUUUUUCUUCAAUUCUCUUACGCUUUAUAUAUAUAUACUCACAUCAUGCAUAUGGACAUUUAUAUAUACAGAAGUUAUCAUUCUUGAUGAUAGUGGUGGUACUGAAAUUGAUGCAGCAGAAGAAGCAGUAGAAUGAAUAAUACUAUGAUGGACACAAUUGAACCUUGCGUCCCACCAGGCUUCCGGUUUCAUCCCACUGAUGAAGAGCUCGUAGGGUAUUAUCUCCGGAAAAAGGUCGCGUCGCAGAAAAUUGAUCUAGAUGUUAUCAAGGAGAUUGAUCUUUACAAAAUCGAGCCUUGGGAUCUUAUAGAGAGCUGCCGAAUCGGAUAUGAAGAGCAAAAUGAGUGGUACUUCUUCAGUCACAAAGAUAAGAAGUAUCCGACAGGGACGAGGACGAAUCGAGCAACCAUAGCCGGGUUUUGGAAGGCAACCGGCAGAGACAAGGCCGUGUAUGAGAAAUUCAAACUCAUAGGUAUGAGAAAAACCCUCGUCUUCUACAAAGGCCGGGCUCCAAAUGGACAGAAAUCUGAUUGGAUCAUGCAUGAGUACAGGCUUGAGUCUGACCCUAAUGCUCCUCCACAGGAAGAAGGGUGGGUAGUGUGUCGAGCAUUUAAGAAACGAGCAACAAGCCAAACAAAGAACACACAAGCAUGGGAGUCGAUGAGUUUCUAUGAUGAGCCUAGCGGUGUCAACUUAGUUGUUGAUUCACUUGAUUAUAUGACAAGGCAGCCUUCAGGUUUCCUAAGGCAGAAUAUUAUGUGCAAGCAAGAACUACUGGACACAGAAAAACUGGCCUUUUCACAAUCGGAUCAAUUCGUGCAGCUUCCACAACUACAGAGCCCAUCUCUUCCGUCAACAAAGAGGCCAACAAGCUCAUCAGUUUCAGUACUGGCAUCAGAAAAUCAUAAGGGGGACCGGACAAAACGGUCCAAAAAUGACAGUACCGUUGAAGUGUCUACUGACUGGAGAGAUCUUGAUAAGUUUGUUGCUUCUCAGCUGAGUCAGGAGGAGAAAUAUGAAGGAGUAGAUGAUGGAAACAUAGGAAUUUUAAGCUUUGGCGGGCAUGUGAGCAACUCGGAGAUGGCAAUGCUGUUGCUAGAGAGUGAGUUUUGUGAAGAUGGUAAUAAGUUAAAUGAGUUCUUCAACUCAGAUUGAUGGAAUCAUAUGGCAUAUCUCUGAUCAUUGAAAUAUAUUGCAGCAGUGAUAAUAAUACAAACUACCAUAUAUUGUGAUGUAUUUGUAUAUAUGAGUUGAUAGACCAUAUAUUUUCUGUAAUCAUAUCACUUUAAUCAGUGAAAACUCUCUAAUUUCUCUUCUUACAA